GUAUUUUUGUACGUUUUGUAACAGUCGUCGAGUGAUCGUGUUGCUCUUCUAUUUUUUUAUCGUGCACUCGGUAUUGAAUCUUACCGAACUGGCCACUUCAUAACAUACGAAGGUUAUGAGCAUACUUACUGUGUCUGGCAUACACAACUUAACUUAUGUUUUAUUAUGAAGCGGCGUCAAAGAAGACCUGUCUUAGAACUCAAUGAAAUGCAAGCUGGUUCACAUGGAGGACAUGUACAAAAUAAACGAAAGCAACCAACUAACGAUUAUCCUGGACAAAAUGUACCUGCGAAUUCCCUGGCAAAUUUACUGUGCCACUACAAUUCGGAUAGUGACACAGAAGAUACUAAGAAGGAUGUUCGUAAAUUAGACGAUCAAGUCAAUAAUUUCCUGAAGGAAAUUCAGCUAAUUGCCCCCAAACAGCUCAUGUCGAAUGAAUUCAAUAAUUCUGCCUUAACUGCAAAUUCUAAUACACAAUUGCCACAUCAUGUCAAUCAACAAGAAUCAAUGUGGCGAGAGUGCAUAGACGAAUCUUCCGGUUACCCGUACUAUUGGCACAUAGAGACCAAUCAGGUAACAUGGGAGAUGCCGGAAGAAUUACGGUAUAUGAAAAAUAACAUGAAACCAAGCUCUGUUGUGAAUCCACAUUCGAUACAAGAUCCCCAUUGGGUUGAUUUCUCAUCUGCUGGAUGUAACUAUACGUCUGACAGAAGUCUUUCUUCCGUUUCGAGUCCGUUUAAACUGCCCGGCAAAUCGAAGAAAAAUUUUUUAGAUCAAUCUCAUGAAAAUAUACCCGAAGGUAUGAUACCAAGAGAAGUGGUGGCUCGUAAUCGUAAUAGGUAUAACAUUACCAAUGAGACUGCUAAGAAACAAGAGCCUCCAGUUGACCAAGACGUCACCAGUAUGUCGGACACAAUGGAUAACGAGUCCGACGAUGGAAAAAUUGAAAUGAUCACAUCGUAUGGAUCCGAAGAAAGUGAUUCGGACACAGCAGACGAGAGUCAUUCGAAAAAUGAGGCACCUGCUGUGUCUGCAGCUGAAUCAACAAAUCCAAAUUCGACGAACAAGUCGAAGACUGAAGGAUUCCCUUCAUCGAUACCCACGAGGCACUCGCAAAUGUUAAAGACAUCGCAGAAUUUAGAUCAAGACUCCAAGGACUCUAUGGAGAAUCCAAAGGCAGAAACGCUAUUGGACCCAAAGCCGUCCGAAGAGAAAGAAGUGAAAUAUUUAAAAAGCCAAGUCAGACUGCAAGAAUCCGAGGAAUCCUCCGACAGACUCUGCAGUGAUAGUCGAACAGUAAACGAAUCCAAGUUAAUAGUGAUGAACGAAAAUAGUAAAAGUAACCUCAGUUCCGAUUUGGAUUUUCGUGUGUCCCUGGUGCCUGGUUACGACGAGGACUCCGAUGUCGAGGACGAACCUGAAGUCAAGCAGGAGCGAAAGGCUCUGUUUCCGAUUCCACAAACCGAGGACACGAUGGAAAGUUUAAGUUCGAAAGUGCACUGUGUACCAGACACCAGUGACAGCGACGUGAAUAUCGAAAGGAGAAACGUUCCAGAGUUGGACAGCGAAGUUAUUUUGGAGAAAGCUGAAAGUGGAGAAGAAUCAAUUUCAAAAUCGGAGGAUGAUGGACAGAGGGCGAACAAAUUUUUGGAUAAUCUGCAUGGUCGGAGCAAAUUCUUUCAAAGAAAAAAGCGUAUUGCUUUUGAUGUUCCAUCGGCAAAGAAGAAAAUCACUGACGCUGGUGAGGUAGCUAAACCAGAAGCUGAGCCACAGCAGGAGGAAUCCAGCACUUGCGAUAGCGUUGAACAUCAUGAUGAAGGAUGUAGGGUCGCUCAAGAAGAACAAAGCAAUGUGAUAACAGAGGACAAAGGGGAAGAUGUUCCGAGUCUUUCUGUGGAGCCAAAAGACAUUGACGAAGAAGCAGUCACACCGUCCGAGAGCACUGGUGAUUCGAAGGAGGAGGAAGCAGAAGUUACUCUACUGUCGCAGAUCAUACUUGAGAAACUGAAGUUUCUGUCCGAGGGUAAACCAACUGUCUCUCCUGUUCAAAUGAUGUCUAUACAGUUACAGACAUUGUUUGUCGCGUGGGAAGGAGGUUACUUAGAAAAGAGUUACUUGCGUAGGUGGUUAACUGACACCAGUCACGAACUAGAACGCUUGGAACAAGACGCUGCGCCGCCUGGAUGGCUUUGUCAGUGGGAUAGGUCGCAUAAACGGUAUUAUUACCAGAACACUGCCACAGGAGUAACGCAAUGGACCUAUCCGGACACUGGCAUCGCCGGUGGCGCGGAGGAAAUGGAGAUUUGCUCGACCCCUCCACCGAUGGAGCAGGAAUCACGCAUCCUUCCAGCAACAGAAGAGGAUGGACUGAAACCGAAGCCAAAAAAGCUCCAGGAGGUCGGCGAUCCCGAAGACGUGACAGCCCCAAGGAACUCUGACGGAGAAGCGCCUCCUCCACCACAGAUCUCGAACCCCAGCCCACCUCCACCGCCCAGAUUAUACGCGAACGACAUGAAGAAGGAUAAAAGGAAACGGGACAAGGGCUGUGAUGCCGCAGACAGUAAAAAACAACGGCUAGAAGACGGUACAGUGAUCGCAGAGGUGAACAACCUGGAGAAUCAUUCCAUAGCUUCUCACUCUGCAGUCUCGCUGUCGCCCCAGACGACCACUCUCGCGAGCAUAGCCGGCGUGGCUAGUGUCACCAAUGUCUCGAACGUCGAACCCCUGCCACCAGGUGUGGAUUUAACAGAGGCGCCUUACGAACUGCCCGCAACAGCGUUGAAAAGGAUCAUCUACGGUGCUGUGCAGCCGCAGGGCGGUGCGCUGUACGACGCAACCGCGAGGGAUCCGACAGUUCCUAUCCUAAGUCAUCCAGCAGCCAUUGUACAAGAACAUUACCUUCAGUACCCAGCGUAUCAACACCUUCAUUCACCAGCAGCCUUGGUACUUCCACACAAACACGGUGUACAGCCAGCGAUCCAACUGAUACCCGAUUACACGCCCAUAUACACAAACCAUAAAGUGAUCGAGAAGCCGCCGAUGAAAACCGCGAAGGAGUCCCUAGUGUCCGCUCUGGACUCGUUUUACAGUGACAUUGCUCGUAUAGAGAACAGCAGGACUGAAAUAGUACCCCAGAGGCCAGACACAUCAGUGGCGGAGGCAGCAGCUUUACCAGUGGAGGAAACAAAAGUGGACAUGGAACUGGAAACCCUACCUGUUGAGGCUACCUUGAAGGAAAAGAAGAAGAAAAAGGCGAGAGUUGGUAUCAGCAAGAAACACAAAGAAGUCUCGAGCAUGGUGGCUAAAUGGCAAAAGGUGCAACAGAAUUUUGAGAACACUUAAAGCGGAUGGGACUAGACACAACCGAAAUGGUGUUCAUUGAAGAACAGAUGUAACCGUGUAAGAAUGAUAGUGCACUGUACUUCAGCCAGUAUAGUGUUCCUGUACCUGCAGUUUAACAUUGUUACGAUAUGUCACACCUAUUUACUAUUUUUAAUCGGACGAAAUAGGACGUAAUGAAUCGUCGACCGGGGAUGUUCGUCUGUAGAAAUGAUUGUCGCAUUAUCCGCGCACAGAACGGUACACACUGGCAUUUACUUACUUGUUCACGUUACUUUACCCGCGCAGCUGGAUUAUUUAUUAAUCUGUAAAAUACGCGUUAUGAUAUUAAGUAUGCUCUCGUUGUUCGAAGGGAGCCCCCCUUGAAUCACGCAAGGGUCAGAUUGUUUACUAUUUGUCCACAUUGUAAAUACGUGUCCCGAAUUGUACACUUAUUUCCGGAACGAUGAAAAGAUAAUUCCGAGUAUAACGGUGGUGUCGUGAGCUCGAGAUAAUUUAAAUACUUCAUUAUUAAUACCUUUCAGGCGCGAAACAGUGUAGUAUAAAUCGUUUAUAGGAGACCCACACUUAGAUACUUCCAUGGCUAGAGUAUUUUUCAAAUUAUCUACGGUCAGUAUCACUGAGGAUAUUUCACAUUGUAAAAUUGUACCC